UACACCGACUCGCGCGCGCACUCGGCAGGCGCACCGCGUGUCGGUGUCUCACGAAGUUUCAAGGCCUGCGUUGCAUAUGUUUGCGCGCGCCGGUCGGGUAACACCUGUCCGUUGAAAGUUGCUCGGUUGUUUGCGCUUCGUUGCGGAGACGCGGCGAUGGUUACCCCAGCGAGUGGUCGUCGCGGCGUCGAUGACAGCUAUGGCACUGUUGCGAAGGAGGAGAUCGGCGCGAAGAAAAGGGAUACCGCGAAGAUGGAAUCCAUCUGGACCCGAUGCCUGCCGGCGUCCGUGAACAGGCAGCUGCUACCGCUGAAGGCGCACUUCUUUUUCUACCUCGCAGGGCAAGCUUGCGUGUUCCCCUACCUGGCCGUGAUCGGGCGACAGAAUGGCAUCAACGCCGCCACGAUCGCUAUCAUCUUCUCUCUAACGCCACUGACCGCUGUCAUCAUAAAGCCCGUCUGUGGAUUCGUCAUCGACCGGACGCAAAACGCCACCGCUGUCAUAGUCUUCCUUCAAGUCGUCUUGGUCAUGUUCCACGGGAUUGUAUUCUUCAGCUCCAGUAUCAAGGCCCACACAGAUAGUUCGUUCACGGGUUACCUAAACUGCAACUCUAGUCAGCUCGUGAUAUCGAACUCAAGCUCUGCCUCUUGCGUCGUCUCCGGCGCUCGCGAAAGCUCUCCGCUUUCCUGCAACCUGACAGUGUUCGAAGACCGCCGCUCAGUGGGCGUCAACGUCACCGGCGCUUCGGACACCCUGGUUAAUUUAAACGGCGUGUCUAACAUAUGCGGCAAAGAUUCCGUUAACGGGAACGUCGCCAAUGAAACCUACGCCGUCCUGCGUUGCCCGUGCGAUACCACUUUGUACAACGGCAACUUCUGGAUCUACACCGUAUCGGUCGUCGUCUCGUGGGCGUCCUCGGCAACCCUGUACACCGUUACGGACGCUGCCGUGUGUGAGCUGCUGGGCGACAACGUGAACGCCUUCGGUCGCCAGCGUCUCUGGGGCACCAUAAGUUGGGGCAUUGUGAGCCCGUUGAUUGGAAUAAUGAUAGAUGAAGCCAGUAACUCCUCCUACACGGACUACAAGCCGGGAUUCUACGUCUUCGCGGUCGUCAUGGUUCUGGACAUAUUCCUUCUACUACGCAUGCCCCGCUUGCGUACCGCGGACCUGUCCCUCAACUUAUUCAAGGACGUUGCCACACUGUUCUGCAACGCCGAGAUCGUGCUGUUCACCGCGUGGACAUUCAUAGUGGGUGCUCUAAUCGGUGUCCUCUGGUCUUUCAGCACGUGGUACCUGGAAGACCUUCACGCCUCUAAGCUGAUGAUUGGCCUUAGCAACACUGUGAUGAGCUUGUGCGUGGAGGUUCCGCUCUUCUUCGUCUCCAACACAAUACUCGAGCGGAUCGGUUACUUCUUUUCGUACUCGGCGGCUUUCCUGACGUUCUCGAUCAAGUUCAUCGGCUACUCGUACCUCAUCAACCCCUGGUACGGGCUCAUCGUGGAUAUCCCAGGCGGCGCCAUCUUUCCCCUCGCCUACUCCGCCAUGACUGUGUUCGCCAAGCGGGCUGCCACGCCUGGGACGACAGCCUCGAUGAUGUGCAUCUUGGGGUCGACAUUGGAAGGUCUCGGCAUCGCAGCCGGCAACAUGCUGGGUGGAAUGAGCAUCGACAAGAUUGGCGCCCGGUUGACAUUCCGCUACCUUGGCUACGUGUCUGCCGGUUGCUCGGUUUUGUGCACUCUCACCUACCUAUGCCUUCGACUCCUGGGCUACGGCCGUUUAGACUCCUCGUGCAGGGGCUACACCCCAAUCGGAGAAGUUCCACCUGGCCGGGGCCAAGGGUCACGAGCCGAUGAAGAACGGUAGUGCCCGCAAGUGCGACAGUACGGCCAACAACGAAUGUGUCGAACACACGUACUUCUGACAAUAUCCCGAUCGUCACGGACUGUGUUGCUUGCUGCUGUUCUGGAGAACAGCUGCAAAGAGAUCUCCAACCGGUCAACCGUCGACCACAAAGGGACCUCGGAUCUGCGAGGACACUACAGGAAUCUACCACUACUCAGUGACAUGCUAUCCACGGCUCGUUAGCCGUUGAGGUAUACCUGUGGACCUACGAAUACUGUACGGAUGUGUACGUGUCAUCAUGCCUGUGGUUUUCACAACAUGCCUGUGGUUUUCACAACAUGCCUGCUAUAAAUGUUUGGCGUAAGGUACCAUGCGAACAUCCCCGUCCAUUUUCACUGCCGAAAGAUCAUUAUUUUGCGAAGUGUCCGACAUAUUGGUAGUUGCGUCUUGAGUUAGGUAUGUUUCUGUUCACGUAAUAUAAGUGUGCCUUUUUUUUUUUUGAGUCUGAGUUUCGCGCGCGUAGAUAAGGUAGCACUAGUUCUGAGCAUCUAUAACUUUGUUUUAGUUUAACGGCGUGAAAUGGGCGCUGUAUUUUCUUGGCUGGAUCUUGAGAUUGAGUCUGUGCUGUUGUGAUUGUAUCUUCUGAUGAAUGAUGUUCCUUAGCAAAAGAUGUAUAAAACUGUUCGUCGAUGCAACUGAUAUAAGCACGAGAAAUGCGCAUCUAAUUGAGGUUUAGCGCAAGAAAAAGACGCAGGGGGGUGGAAUAUGUAAGGACCCAGUGCCUUCCGUCGUCCCGUGACUUUUCUUUGCGCAUAAACUUCAAGAUAUGCAGCAUCAACUUGCCCGCGAGUGUGUUUUGUUGAAGAGAAGUUCGCAUUUCGUUUAAGAUGUCGCCUCUUUUUGUUGUUAAAAUGUUCACGCAACGAUAUCUCACUUAAAGUGUUUAAAAUUGUCGCCAUAUAUGUGUUACAUGUAUGGCAUUUUCAAAGUGGAAAGCGUGUAUCAAUUGCGGUUGAUGAGGUCGCGCGUGUUUUCCAAGCAUCCGAUAAGGCAUCGUUUUCCGCGCUGGAUUUCACGCGGUUGAGUAUCCGGCGUUGCUGCUCGUUAAGAAAAAGCUUACAGAAAUUCGGGUAUAAUAUGUGUAUACGCUUUCAAAUUUUCGUGAGCUGUUUAGUCGCUGGAACUCUUGCUUUUUUCUUUUCUUUUUGUCUGCUGGUGCGUUGCAGCUAUCGGCCUAGGCAGGGCAGUCUUAGAGAUUGAAAAAAAAAUCUUGUCUUUGUCAUGGGAAUUUAACAGGGUCUGACAUUUAGAAUCUCAUUUACCCUUACGAUCUUGCUUUUUCUGCAAUACCUGCAGAUUUGCAUUGAAAAGAAAACGGUUCGGUGCGUGCACCUUUUUGUUCUUCAUUUAUAAGAACACUCUAAUGCACAGCAGCCUUUCCAAACAAACAAAUGUGUGACGUUGAAUCAUGGUAGCAGUUUGGUGUCAGCAUCUUUACUCAUUUUUGCGUAAUAUAUAUAAAAAAAAAGAACUGUUUGCAAGGCGGGUCCUUUAUUAUAUUUUGCAGCUGUACAUGGUUUCGUUUUUGUUUUGCUCUCGGCUGCGAAAUGCAGCUUUUGUUUAAUUUACGACAGACUCUUGUUUGGAUGUUUAGUUAACUCGUUUUAGCAUUCUUUUGUUUCGAAGCUUCGUACUUGUGAUGUGCAUUGUGUCUAACGUUUAUAGGUGAUAUUGUUCGCACGUGUCUAUCUCUUAUCGAAACGAAUGCAAGUUGUCUCGAAGAAUUGCUGUUUCUAUAAGACCUACGGCUUUUACAGUAUUGUUAACACAGUUAACUUGGUGACCGGUCUGUGUAAUUACAUUUUAGUUUUUGUGUCAUGAAAAUGUUAUGUCCUCUUUCCGAGUGCACCUGCUUUAAUAUAAGUGCGAGGAGGUUUCGUCCUCAAUAAAGAUUCUUUUUUU